AUGACACUAAACAACCCAUAUCACUUGGCCUCAUGGGACCCAUCCACAGAUUGCUGUGAUUGGUAUGCUUUGGAGUGUGAUCCCACAACCAACCGUGUCACCGCCCUCACCAUCUUCCAAGGCAACAUAUCCAGCCAAAUCCCGGCUGCCGUCGGUGACCUUCCAUUUCUCAAAACCCUAAUCUUCCGAAAACUGACAAACCUCACUGGAGAAAUCCCUUCGGCCAUUGCUAAACUGAAGAACCUUGAAAUGGUUAGACUCAGUUGGACUAAUCUCUCCGGACCCGUCCCUUCAUUCUUUAGCCAACUCAAAAACCUAAACUAUCUGGACUUAUCGUUCAACAACCUCACUGGUUCAAUCCCUCCCUCUCUCUCCAAACUCACCAACCUCAAUGCCCUUCACUUAGACCGCAACAAACUCACUGGAAAAAUACCCGAAUCGUUCGGAAAAUUCUCCGGCAGUGUCCCGGACCUUUAUCUCUCUCACAACCAGCUCACUGGGUCAGUUCCAAAAUCUUUAGGUUAUUUGAACUUCACAGAGAUUGAUUUUUCACGUAACAAGCUUACAGGUGAUAUAUCAUUCUUUUUUGGCACCAACAAGACGAUACAGAUCGUGGAUUUCUCGAGGAACAUGUUCGGGUUUGAUCUUUCUAAGGUGAAGUUUCCGGCGAGCUUGACGUCCUUAGAUUUGAACCAUAACAGCAUAAAAGGGAGUCUUCCGGCCGGAUUGACGGGGCUUGAUCUGCAGUUCUUGAACGUGAGUUAUAACCGGCUUUGCGGUCAGAUUCCGGUGGGUGGGAAACUCCAGAGCUUUGAUUACUCGGCCUAUUUCCAUAACCGGUGCUUGUGUGGCUCUCCCUUACCAGCAUGCAAAUGAUUAUCCUAUCGGAGGAGCUGUUAUGGGCUCACCCACCCACUGGAAAAUUGAGCCCAGCAAUUGGAUUCUGGGUUAAGUUGUUUGAUAUCUAUAAUUGUCCAAUCAAUAUCUGUCUUUAGAUUAAAUUCAAACUCAAUAAAUUUAUUUUUAUUUUCAUGUCAAAUUGAU